AAAUAAAUAAUCGAAGCAUUAGAAGGCGCAUGGCGGAAAGCUGGAGUUGGAAUUGGAAGCUUGGAAGGACAAAGGUGAAAGCUGAAAGUGGAAGGAAGCUGGAGCUGGAAAUUAGAAAAGAAGACUAAAAGUAUAAGGUAGACUGUACACGCAGGACGGAACAGAAGACUUAACCGAUGGACCAAAACUCUAAAUUGAGGGAAUAAGGAAUAUAAUGGAUUUAGACCAAGUAUUCAAUUUUUUAUAUUGAAUACAAUUGUGAAUUAUUACUAUUAUUUUAUUCUGAAUUUAGUCCAGUACCAUGGAAGAGAUUGAAGAACUUACCAAAAAUCUAGUCGAUAAUACCAAAACAAUUGUCAAAUAUUUGGACUCCUACAAUAAGAAGGCUGCAGAAGUGAGUAAUGGUUUGAAAGAAUUUAAAGACAACACUCGACAUACCCUUGAGUUUCGACAAAGAUGUUACAAGGCUCGGAAUUUACUCUCCAAAUUAAGCAACUACACGUGCGAGUUGCUAAUGGAUAUGGAGAUGACCGAUCCACUUGUAGAUGAAGAUGAGUGUGACAUUAUUCAAGUUCCGUAUCUACCUGCAAUCGAAGGUGAAUCUCAAAAAAAUCAUCAAUUUGAAGUGCAGUUCCUCCAUGGAAAAAGUCCCUGGAGUUUCUGGCUCUGUCACAAUGAUGAAGACACCACUAGGAAACUUGAGAAUCUUCUGCAACAAGGAUUGAACAACUUACAGGAACUGGCAAACCCGAUUUGUGGAGAUUAUGUUCUCCAUAAGCAAGACAAUAAACUUUCAAGAGCGUUAGUCCAGCAAAUACACUCUGAAAGGUAUCAUAUUUUACUUAUCGACCAAGGAACUACCUCAAUGACCAGAUUGAAAAGGCUGUUUAAAAUGGAUAAGGAAAUAAGCUUGAUUCCUCACCAAGCUCUCAAAUGCACCCUCAUCAAGGAUCCCAAGGAUUCUUCACUGUGGAGAAGUGAGGUAGAUGAAGUCUUUUUCGCUGCAAUGGAACAGUGUAAAUUGACUGUGGAGAUAAUCGAAGAGAUACAGGACUUUCCAACUCGUUUUCUUGUGAAAGUGAAAGCCCAGGAUAUUGAAGACGACACUGAAAAUACAGUAGAUCUUGGAAAGUGGGUAACAGAUCGAAUUAUUCCAGCACUGAAAAGUGGUAAAACCUUGAAAGGUUCUGUGUUUGAUGCGUUUUAUAGUCAAGAUGACGAGGAAGAUUAUAACAGUGAUUCAUCAUCAAAAAGCUGCCAAACUUCACCCAUCAUAGAACUACCACAUGAUGACGAUGAUAGAGUGUCAUCUAGAACAGACGAGAAAGUUUCCCUAGAAAUAGUUGCCGUUUCAACUACUCCAGCAACGAUCACCAACACCAACACUCAAACCUCCAAUUAUCGACACAAUUAUAAUUCCAAUGCGAUCAAUGCUCCAAUCUUAAAAAAAAUUGCCGCCAAUUUCAAUGAGUAUCCAGGAGGAGAUUACCCUGUCAAUCAAACUAGUAAUGUGAUGACGGUUUAUCGACCUGUUAUGCAAUUGCAUCAAAAUACAAAUCCAAUGAGGGGCUACCCUUUGAUAAGUAGCCCUCCAGUGAUGGGAUUGGCAAUGAGACCACCUCCGCCUGCAGGCUUGAAUAGGAACUACCCAACUCCACCAGCGCCAAUUGGUCUCCAUUCACUACAUAGGCCUAAUGCAAGCUCGUGGUCGACUAAUGGCUUCAACACAGUUGUCAAUCACAACUAUGAAGUGGCCAAAUAUGAGUUGAAAACGCCCGUAGUGCUUGUACGUCCAAAUGAAGAAUUGCGUGCAAUUUGCUCAUAUGUUGUAUCGCCUAAUGAGUUCUAUGUGCAUCUAGUGAAUAAGAACAAUUCCAAAAUGGAUUUGCUCCAGACUGACCUUGAAAAUUUCUAUAAAAAUUGCAACCCGACGAAUUGGCAAAUGCACCCAACAUUCAAAUACUGCGCCUGCAAGUACGUUUGGACUAAGGACCAACCCAGCGCUCCUCUCUCCACCUGGUAUAGAGCUGAAGUCAUAUCUAUCGAAGAAAAUGAAGCAUUCCUAUUCCUUGUGGAUUUUGGUGUCAAGUUGUGGAGGAAAUUCAAGGAUUUGCGAGUUUUGGAUCAACGAUUUUUUGCUUACGACAAAAUGGCUCAAAGGUGCCGUCUUCAAAACGUGCCAAUGAUGGAAAAUGAGGUUUAUUCGAAAGAUGUUACCAAGUACUUGACAUCUCUUCUUAUAAGCAAAGAUGGUCAUUAUGAAGAACUGAAAAUGACUAUCGUCCACAAUUCACAUGCAAAAGAGAGUUCAUUGGCAGUCAUUGUCAGACUGGAAGAUGGAUCAGUUAAUGACAAAGUCAUUGAAUACAUCAAAUCUAUUGAUCCAAACUUUAAGAACGAAGUUGAAUGGGAUCCUAUGGCAAACGACUACUUUGCUGAAACUAACAGGAUGGAUCAUGUUAUUGACAAUGCGUUGAUGGCAACCUCUGGAUACAUUCCCAAAGACGAGGAAAGACUCUGCAGGUUUUACAGAGAGACUGGUCGUUGUCCGAAAAAAGCAUGUCGACAAGAACAUGAAUUCAUGGGUGAUGGUAUAUUUACAAUUGACAGGACUGAAACGUUUACUCAAACGUUCAGGCGACAACAAUUGCCAGAGGAGGGAUACAAUUUGGUGGUCAAAGUCCUAAAUAACGGAUGUAUAUCACCUACACGCUUCUAUGGGCAUUGGAAGUAUGUCAAUGAUGAGAAGAACUCAAGAAAUAAUCAUAAUCCACAUAAGAAUGUGAAUUAUGAAUUUAUUGGCGAAGAUGAUGAUAAUAUUUAUGACGAUUUUGAGGAUGAAGAAACUUUGAUAACAUUAAUGGAGGCAUUGAAUGCGCCGAACAAUACUCAAAAGUACAAGCAUCUCGGCGUAUUACCAGCGAUUGCUGAAAUGGUGAUUGCAAAAGUUAUUGACGAAGAUGGAAGAGCUAUUUGGUUUCGAGCUAAAGUGCAUGACGUACAGGAGGUUGACAAGAGAUUGUGUGAUGUGUUUCUGAUAGAUUUUGGAGUGACAAGAAGUAUUCCUCUCAACUAUUUGCGAGUUAUGGAACCAAGAUUUCUACAUCUUCCUCCACAGGCUACUGAAUUUUGUUUAGCAGGAAUAGAAGUGUUGGAGGAUGAAUGGGGACCUCAUGAGCCACCAACAUCUAUUCUAUCUCAAUGGGAAAACAGAUUUCUAAUUGCAUUUGUUACUAAACGAAACUUCUCCGAUGAAACUGUAGAAGUUGAUUUACAGGAAGAAAAUGGUGAGAGUUUACGACAAGUACUUCGUAAAACUGGCAAAUAUCGUCCAAUCGCCAUCAACAAUCAAUCUCUGGAGGAUGGUUGUAUCGUUCCGGGUUGAUUCCCUCUUAGUUUGCAACUGAAACUCAUAUCAUUUCCCAAUCCAACAACAUGUUCAUUUGUUAUUAGAUAUUUAGUAAUUUAUAAAUUUCCCAAUCCAACAAGAUAUUUAUUUGUUAUUCGAUAUUUAGUAAUUUAUAACGUUUUAAAAGUAUUUUAAUUAUUCUUGAAUGACGAAAAAUUCCUGGGUGCGGUAUACAAAUUAGUUUGUAAGAAAAUACUUGAUAUUUAUUAUUUUAUUGGGGUUAUUUAUUAUAAGUGAUUGAAGAGCGCCCCAUUUCCAUGAUAUUAAAAAUGGAAACCUUGGAACAUUGGUUAUGGGUUUCAUUCACGUUGCCUUCUACUCUGUCUUAAUAAAAACAAUCAUUACCCUUCAUUUCCAUGGGCGAUGAAUCAAUAGAUUUUCAUCAAUGAAAUUCCAACUCUCUGCUUUUUGAAGUCGAUAAUAAUUGACAGAGCACUAUGUUCCAAAAAUGAAUGUUCAUAUUAUAUAUGUUCAAUAUUCACCGGUUCUUCUAGAUACAUCUCAGUUAUUCGGGUUGUUUCAAAAAGAUUUUACGAUUUGGAUGUUGCAUGAUUGAAAGAAGUAUUCUGAAAAGAUUCAGCUCUGUAUCUAGUCUUGUUUUAAAGAUAAACACUUCAAGUUUUCACUAGAAUGAUGUGUUAUUAAUAAAAUAUUAAUAUGCUGGAGGUAGUCACGUUGAAAAUGGCUGCUACCAAAGAACUGGCUGCCAGAGCCAGUUUGCUACCAAAGAAAAGGCUGCUCUCAUUGGAACUAAAAGUGCUAGCCCAUUGAGUUGCAAAUGCAAAGAGAGAACAUCACAGCGUUAGUUCACCAGGGUGUUUUGUAAGAAUUAUCGGUGCCAAAUAACUAUGGAAAUGUCCAAAAAUGAAAUGCUUACUUAAUACACCACUAUCUGACUGACGUCCAAGCACGUUCACACCCAGUCGAAUUGCGAUUUGAAUUUGUGAAUUGCGCUACGCUGUUACAGCACGAUUCUUCUCUAACACAUUAUUCUAGUAAAACAUUGAAGUGUUUUCCUUUAAAACAAUACUAGAUACAGCUCUGCAUCUUCAGGGUGGUGCAGGGAAACGAGACAUUUUGAAAUGGUGACAUUUCCACGAAAAAAUCAGUGAACUAGCUGAAUACUAAUGGAAUGGCAUGUAAUUAUGUCAUUUAUGUUUCUAAAGUCAAAAUGUCCAAGAGUACCUCUUUACUUUUCAUGGUGACAUCGGAAAGAUGUGCUCACAUUUGACAUUUACACUUAUGAGUGGCGCAGGCAAACGGGAAAUUUUGAAUGUUAUACAGUUCGCAGCUCUAUAGAGUCGGAAGAUGUACGAAAUUUUAUACUAUUGUUGUGAUCACAUUGCGCAAAGUACCUAAUCAAGGACCAUUGGAGUGGUUUGGAUCGUGUAAAAGCGGUGAGAGAAUUUUUUUUUAAAUAUAUUCAUUCAUUUAUUUACGAUACAAA